AUGGAUGCUUAUGAUAUUUUUAAGAAGUUAACAAGGGGUGCCAGGUUUACUAAGAAGUCAAAUACUGGCCCAAAAUCGGUAAAUAAUGGUUUGAUAAAGGAAAUUAAGAUAGAAAAAGAAGAGUUUGACGAUGAAAAAAGUUUAACUGAGGUUAAGAAAAAUUAUCAGUCAAAUGAUUCUAUAGUUUUACUGAGCGGGCUUAAAGCAGAUAGUGCUAAGAAACAGGGUAAAAAACGUAAACUACCCAGUGAAAAUGAGGAUAUUAAAAAGAAGAAACUUGUGGAAGAGGCAGUAAAUCAUUAUAGAAAUGUAAAUAAUAUUAACGUUGUGGGUAGGCAUGUGCCUGAACCUGCAAAAACCUUCGACGAAUUUAAUAUAGCGCCUGAUUUGAUAGAGAAUUUAAAAAAAUGUGGUUAUUCUGAACCCACACCUAUACAAAAACAAGCUGUUCCUGUAAUGUUAGAGGGAAGACAAUUACUGUCUUGUGCCCCCACUGGUUCAGGCAAGACAGCCGCUUUUUUGCUACCUAUUAUAAAUGGUCUUAAAGGUCCACAGAAAAAAGGUUUUAGGGCGUUAAUUUUGUGUCCCACUAGAGAAUUAGCAAAACAGACUCAAAGAGAAUGUCUCAGAUUGUCGGAGGGUAGAGAGUUUAGGGUGCAUGUUAUAAGCAAAAUUAAGAAAGCUCUUACACAGUAUGGACCAAAAAGCAACAAAAAAUAUGAUAUUUUGAUUGCCACCCCAAACAGAAUCUGUUAUUUGUUAAAACAGGAUCCGCCAGCUCUAUCUUUAGCAAAUAUUGAGUGGGUUGUUAUAGACGAGGCUGAUAAACUUUUCGAAUCUGGAAACCGCGGUUUCAGAGAACAACUCGACGAAAUAAUCGCCGCUUGUACACUGACUACCAAAAAGAUUGCAAUGUUCAGCGCGACAUACACGCCCGUUGUUGCCAAAUGGUGCGUGCGCAACAUGAAGGGGCUUGUCAGGGUUACAGUGGGACAAAGAAAUGCCGCCACGGAUUUAGUGGAUCAAAAGUUGGUAUUUGUUGGCAAUGAGCAAGGGAAACUAUUGGCUUUCAGGGAUGUUAUAAGGCAAGGUUUAAAUCCUCCAGUGUUGGUAUUUGUGCAGAGUAAGGAUAGGGCACAACAACUUUUUAAUGAGUUAAUCUAUGAUGGCAUCAAUGUGGAUGCUAUACAUGCUGACAGAACACAGUUACAAAGAGAUAAUACGGUUAGAAGUUUUAGAGAAGGCAAAAUCUGGGUUUUGAUUUGUACGGAACUCAUGGCAAGAGGUGUGGAUUUCAAAGGCGUUAAUCUCGUAGUUAACUAUGAUUUUCCACCAUCCUCAAUAUCUUACGUUCAUAGAGUGGGUAGAGCAGGUCGUGCCGGUAGAAAAGGAGAAGCUAUAACUUUCUUUACGUUGGAAGACACAGUCAAUUUACGAAGUAUUGCGCAUGUCCUGAGGGAAUCCGGUUGCCAAGUGCCACCAUACAUGUUGACGUUAAAAAAACAACCGAAAAAACUGAGAAAACAAUUGGAGGUUAGCGCGCCCAAGAGAGCCAAUAUAGAGACUAAAGUUAGGAAACUCAGAAAAUUUAAAAAAUAUGAUGAGUCUAAAAAAGAAGGUGGCAUUACAGGGAAAUCACCUGCUAAAAGGAAAGAAAAAGGUGCCUUUGCAAAAAAGAACUCUCAAAAAGUUAAAAAAACUAAAAAUGCAAAAAGUAACUCUUCAGAAGUUACUCCAAAUAAAUCAAAAGCAAAAAAAUUGGGAAAAAAGAAAGGUCCAGUGGAGAGUAAGAAAAAAACUAAAAAGCCUCUAAAACCCAAACUAUAA